AUGACGACGCGAUUCACCACGACCAUUGCCGACAUGCAAAGCAAGAUACCAAGCGGAAAUCUGAGCAAGGAUGAAAUAGCUUUGAAAGAGCUUGUUAAAGAAUGCAGCAGCAUCUCAGACGAGCUUCAGAACCUGCUUGCAGAGCUGAAGGCCAAGAAGCCGAAUUCAGAAUCUCUAGAGCGCCUCAACCAGUUGCUAACAUAUGGCCAGUCUAACGAAGCUGAGAUCACGUCUCUUCGCCGGAACAUAGAUGCCCUUCGCUCUGGGCUACAGGUCAAGUUCCUCAGCCUCGACGCCCUGGAGCAGAUUCGGGAGGUGUUCAGUUUGUCAGACCGUGCGACGUUGAAGGUGCGGGGAAGUUGCAUCCUUAGUGCCUUACGGUUCGAUUCGAUGGAUGAGAGAUACGAUGAUGUGGCCAAGGCCCACGAUAAGACAUUCGAGUGGAUAUUCGACUCAUCCAAUAGUGACGACGAUAGUGACGACCCUGAGGACAAUGGUCGUUCGUUUUACAGCCAUCACACCACAUCUUACAAACCAAUGCAAAAGUACGGAGCUCGUGACAACUUCGUUGACUGGAUCGAACACGGCAGCGGCAUCUCCCAUAUCUUUGGAAAGCCAGGCUCAGGAAAGUCGACCUUGAUGAAAUAUUUGUGUAAGCAGGGGGAAACCAAGCAGUAUCUCGAUAUCUGUGCUGCAGACAAGUCGCUUGUAUUUGGUAAAUUCUUCUUUUGGAAUCCCGGCACAACUCUACAGAAGAGCCUGAGGGGUUUGAUUCGUGGCCUUCUCUAUUCAACUCUCUCCAAUGCUCAAGAGCUCAUCCCUCUCGCGUUUCCAAGGCAUUGGGAUGCCACUCUUAGUAAUGUCGCAGUCACGUUUGAUUCCUCGGAUGAUAUCAUCCUCGCCUUUACAGAUCUCAUUGGCCGCGACGAGGUGUAUCGCAACCGCAAGCUUGUCUUCUUCAUUGACGGCUUGGAUGAGUUUCACGGGCACCAUGCAUCACUAAUAAAGGAACUGCUGCGAUGGACUUUAGCACGACCUACAGAUGUGAAGACGUGCGUCUCGAGCCGAGAAUGGCCCAUUUUUGAAGAAGCAUUCAAGAGUUUCCCAAAUUUCCGCUUGCACGAGCUGACGCGAUCUGACGUGUCACGAAUUGUGCGAGGCAGGCUGAAAAACAACGACACCUACCAGAAAUUGGCAGCUCCUGAUAAAUUAGCACGCUUUGAGUCUAAUCUUGUUGAUAGAUCGGACGGCAUAUUUUUGUGGCUCAAGCUGAUCUUGCAAGACAUUGAGGACGGGCUCCUGAGUGGAGAUAGACUGUCGCAGUUGCAAAACAAGGUCAAAGCGCUUCUAACUGAGUUGAAUGACCUAUUCCAGCACCUUCUUAACUCUGUUCAUCCGUAUGAUCGAAAGGAGGCAUACAUGAUCUUGUCAGUCGCGCUUGAGUGCCCUCCCGCUUGGCCCAUCUUCCGCAUCUCCUUUUUGGAAGAGUACAUCGAGAAUCAUGAUUUUGCUCUCAGUCAAAGAUUUGAGCAGCUCAAAGAAGACCAGAUAGUGGACCGGUUGGAGCGAGCCCGGAAGAAGAUCUACGGUAAAUGCAAAGGGCUGCUCGAGAUACAGUUAGUGACGUAUCCCAAAUAUUCGCUGCCGGUCGACCAAACCCUGAGAGAUUCUGUUAAAUUCACGCACAAAUUUAUUGAAUAUCUCGAAAGCGACCAGACUAAGCGAGAAUUUGCUACUGAGUUAAAAGGCCUCGAUAUUUUAGAUGCCCUUUGUCACACGUUCCUGGCGCAUAUCCAAGCUGCCACCAUGGACGAGCACUAUUAUCAAGAUCGUCACGGGGCUUCUAAUUUAGACAAUGAUUUGGCCUUCCCCUGGGGUGAUCUAAUCUACGUGCUUCCUCCUCCAAGCCUAGAUUAUGAUAUAUGCACUCUCUUAGGAGCAUAUGCUGCAAAGAACGACGCCGCAGACUCUUCGAGAUUCACAGAAUUUUUAGAUAACGUAGUCGAGGUAGCCGAGGACCUAUUCUCCACCCCAGCGCAAUUUCAGUUUAUCGACAUCAACUGGAUAAGGGGUGAUUUGAUCCACCACACGAUACAAGCCAGCUUUGCGUGUAAGAUGGGCCUCUUUAGUGCUUCGUACGGCAUAACCGACUAUGCUCUUCAGGAACACUCAAUUGACAUAGACGGAGUACGAAAACAUAUUACACUGCCCCUGCUGGUACAGACUGUAUGUCAGGGUGCACUAUCGAGCCAUGCAGAACGAAAUAGUAUCGCUCGAGGGCUUAAAAGGAUCCUGAAUGUCUAA